AUGGGAGGAUAUUCAGCCGACAAGGACGGUGUGGACAACAGUGUCUGUGAAAAAUACGGCAUUAGCAUGGAGAAAUGGGCCCAAUUUUGUCAGACCCGCCGAGAUCCCUCGUGGGAGGCAGCUGUGUCUCCAGCAAAGCCUCCAGAUAGGCCGAAUCCUGAGGUCGAUGAUCCCCUGUGGAGGAGGAAUCUAUUUGAUCAUGAAAAUGAUAUAGCUAUGCAGUUUAUGGAGGAAACAAGCUUCAUUCCUAUCCAGAGGCAUAGUAAGGAUUCUAUGGUGUGGCUAGCUGAACCCCACGGGCAUUACACUACUAAAUCAGCUUACAAGUUCUACACUAAACCCAGUACAUCAAACUCAGAUGGGAAGAUAUAUAGCAUAAUCUGGAAGUUGAAAAUUCCCCCUCGGGUAGCAGUUUUCUGUUGGAGACUCCUUAAAAACAGACUACCUACCAAGGACAAUCUCCUAAGAAGAAACAUUACUAUCCAGGAUCAAAACUGCCCUUUGUGUGGUAAUGCACAAGAGGAUGUGGGCCACCUAUUCUUCAACUGUAAUCUGACAAAAGGUUUGUGGUGGGAAUCCAUGAGAUGGAUCCGGGUAGUAGGCCCCCUUCCAAGUCACCCAAAGUGCCACUUUACUCAAUUCUGUGAAGGCUUUGGGAACCCUGUAUAUCAGGACAUAAGGGGUGGAUGGUGGAGUGCCUUGACUAGUUCUAUCUGGCACCAUAGAAACAACCUGAUUUUCCAAGGAAGACCUUUUGAUCCAUAUAAAGUUAUGGAUCAUGCUAUAUACCUAGUUUGGUCCUGGUUCAAGGCUAAAGAUAAAGAUUUCAAUAUUAGCUUAAAUCAUUGGUCUUCAAAUAUUUCGAAUUCCUUUGGAUAUUCUGCUGGGCUUUCUUAA